AUGAAAAUUGCUGUUAAAAGUGUGUUUAACAAAACUGAACAUCGCUUCUGUAUGUGGCACAUAAUGAAAAAGUUACCAGAUAAGGUGGAGAAAUCAAUCAUGCAAGAAGAAACUGAUUUCCUAAAAAAAUUAUGUGCUUGUGUUUGGCAUCUUGAAAUUGAACCUGCUGAGUUUGAAGAAAGGUGGAACAAGGUGAUGGUUGAAUACCACUUGGAAGAACAUGAGUGGUUAGGUUAUAUGUACAAGAUAAGGAACAAGUGGAUUCCGGCGUAUUUCAGAGAUGUGUUCCUUGGAGGAAUAAUGCGUACAACAUCAAGAUCCGAAAGCGAAAACAACUUUUUUUGCUCCUUUAUCAAUCCUCAUGUGUCACUUGUUGAGUUUUACUUGAGAUAUGAAGCUGCAAUUGAUGCCCAGAGACACACUCAAGAAAAUGGAUUGGAAGUUGCAAAAGUAAGUGAAGGAAAUCGGAUUAGAACAUUUGAUGUUGUGUUUAAUCCAACUAACUUUGACACCACAUGUUCUUGCAAGUUGUUUUAUAGACAAGGAAUUCCAUGUAGACAUAUGAUUUGGGUUUGGAAAGCAAAAAGGUUUGAAACCAUUCCUGAGAAGUAUAUGCUACACGGAUGGACUACUAUGGCACUGAAAAAACCAAAUUUUGACUUGGGUGGAAACCUGUUGGAGCAAUGUGCUAAUUUAAUUGACAAGAAAAAAUUGUUAAAUGAUUUAUGGUCAGAGAUACACACUUGUGUAAGUUUGGCAGAAGGCAAUGAUGAAGAUAUUCAAGAUCUUGUGAUAAAUCUUCAAGGAAUAAGAAAGGAUUUGGAGGCUAAGAGGAUUGCAAGGAAUAAUGAAACAACAGGAAGUGCAAACAACAAAGGACAAGACAUUGAGCUAUUGAUUGGAGCUAGUGUGCCAACUGAAAUAAUUGUCAAACCUCCAAAAAUUUCAAAGAAUAAAGGGACUGGAAUUCAUGUAUCAAAUGUAGAGACUUCAAAAGAGAAAGGGGCUGAGAUUGAUGUGCCAAAUGUUGAAACAAGAGGUAGAAGUGCAAAAAGGCUAAAGGGAGAAAAAGAAAAGGUUUAA